UUUUUGAAUUUUAUGUGAAAAAAAUAUAUAUAUAUUUAAACAGACGGCUCACACGUUCGAUAAAAAGUAAUUCAGGGUAGUUUUGACAAUCAAUAAAAUUAAUUGAGAAAUAGAAGUAUAUUUUUUUAAAAGUGUCAUCAUGCUUAGUCCAAAAAUGCAGAAAACUGUAAGGGUCAAUGAUUCGCAAAUACUCAUGUUGUCUGAGAGGGCCCACUUUGAUCAUUCUUUGGCCGGUUAUUUACAUAAACGAACUGCCGACUCAGCAAAGUGGCAACUUCGGUGGUUUGUUCUCUAUCAGAAUUUAUUAUUUUACUACGAGAGCGAGACAUUCUCACGACCAAGUGGCAUUGUAUUACUGGAGGGCUGCUACUGCGAUCGACUUAUUACAACUCGUGGAAAAGAAUCGGAAAAACAGCAUUGUUUUGCAAUAUCAUACAGACGUGAAAAUCAACGACAAUACGAGCUUAAAGCAACGACAGAGUCAGAUUGCAAAACCUGGAUAGAAGCCAUACGAGAAGCUAGUUUCAACAAAUUAUUGUUACAAAAAGAAGAAUUAGAACAAAAACAUUUACAUCUUUUGCAAAUUGUUGAGAGUGAAAAAACAGCAAAAUGGCAAUAUACACAACAAUGUGAAGAACUUGCAUCAGAAAUAAAAAAAUUACGAGCUGAGUUAUGUACUUUAAAAAGAGAAUUACGACCGAGCUCAGUUGCUCUUGCAGCUUAUGGUGAACAGGGUGGAAUACAACGUAACAUGUCACCGUGUAUUGGAUAUGUUGGUGGUAUUGGAAUUGGACAGUCAAUCAAUUCUGGUAUACAUGGAUCCAAUGUACAUGUUGGUGGUAUUGGAGCUGGAUUAAGAGGCAUAGCAGAGGGCUCAACUGAUAUUGAAAAAAUAAAAAAGGUUCAGAGUUUUUUUCGUGGUUGGCUUUGUCGACGUAGAUGGAAGCAAAUUGUUGAACAAUAUAUUAAAAGUCCACAUGCUGAAAGUAUGCGUAUGCGUAACAGUUUGGUUUUUCAAAUGGUAGAAGCUGAAGAAGAAUAUACAGAACAAAUGGGUACUCUUGUUAGUUGUUUUUUGAGACCAUUUAAAAUGGCAGCAAGUUCUAAAAAACCACCUUGCAGUCAUGAAGAUGUGAAUAGUAUUUUUUUAAAUAGUGAAACUGUAUUAUUUCUUCAUCAAAUAUUUUUAAAAGGUCUCACAUCACGAAUGGAAAGUUGGCCAACUCUUGUACUUGGUGAUUUAUUUGACAUGCUAUUGCCAAUGCUAUCAAUUUAUCAAGAAUACGUGAGAAAUCAUCAUUAUAGUUUGCAAGUAUUGACUGAAUGUAAACAGUCAUCGUCGUCAUUUGCUGCACUUUUAUCACGUUUGGAAAACAAAACAACAUGCCAAGGGAGAUCCCUCGAGACUUUCCUCACUUAUCCUAUGCAUCAAGUACCAAGGUAUAUAAUAACACUGCAUGAAGUUUUGGCGCAUACACCACAUGAUCACGUAGAGCGUAAAAGUCUACAAAAUGCCAGACAACAAUUGGAAGAUCUUUCCCGGCAAAUGCACGAUGAGGUCAGUGAAACGGAAAAUUUACGAAAAAAUUUGGCUUUAGAAAGAAUGAUUGUCGAAGGAUGUGAUAUACUAUUGGAUGUUAAUCAAGUUUUUGUCAGACAAGGCACUCUUAUACAAAUAUUAGAUAAACCUCGUGGUGUACGCAGUAGAUUGAGUGCAACAUUUGGUGGAAAAAGUGGUGAUAAAGAAUGUCUUAGACAGUGCUUUUUAUUUUCAAAUCAUUUAAUACUUACAACACGUCAAUCAGAUGAUGAUGGUCGUCUAAAUUUAGUUCCUGGUACUGGAAAAAUUCCAUUGUCUGAUGCUGUACUUAUAGAAGAUCCCAGUGAGCAAAGUGCAACAGAUGAUGAUGAAUUGUCAGUUUGUUCCAUGUCAAGUGGUGUUAGUGAGAGUAGUGGAAGUGGAAGUGGAAGUGGAGGAAUGCCACUUGGAAAUCGUGAUUUUAAAAUUGCACUCGACAUGAAAUCGGGUGGUCAGCCAAUUUCAAUUCAUCUUGUAGCACCUACCAUGCAGGAAAAAGCAGCAUGGAUAAGUGACAUAAGUCAAUGUAUGGACAAUGUACACUUUAAUGACUUGUUGCAUGGAUCAUUGUCAGAUACAAGUUCUGUUAUAAUGCCACAAUCAAUUAGAAAUGAUCCAAAAUUAUUUAAAGAUGAUGUUGAUAUUAGAUUUAGUCGUACAUUAAAUUCUUGUAAACUUCCACAAAUACGAUAUGCAACUCCAGAGAGAUUACUUCAACGAUUGACAGACUUGAGGUUUCUAAGUAUUGAUUUUCUCAAUACAUUUUUACUAACGUAUCGUGUUUUCACCGAGGGAGUUACUGUUCUAGAAGCAUUAAAAAAAGUUUUCUAUGAUGCUGAUCCACCUGAUGGACAAAUGCCAAUCGAUUCAUUUGAUGGAUUAUCGACAUUAGCUUCAGAUGGUCAAUUGCAUCUUGAAGAACGACGAAGAAGCAGUACAACACCCCGAAGAACAAGUGGUGCCAGUUCUGUUUCUGGAUACGGCUCGGAGGUGAGCGAUUGUCGAGAAGCACGGAGUCACAGUUAUUUCGAAUCAACACUGGCUUCACAGAGUUCAGGCUCAAAAGGCCAUUGGCGAUCUGGUUAUCGCAAAAUGGAAGAAGAUCAAGGUUUGGGAUUAAUAUCUGAGGUACCACCUAUAAUAAAACGAAGUCCAACACUGCAAUUACCUGGUGCUUCAUCUGGCAAACAAUCACCAAAAACUAAUCGUCGAGUUAGUAUAAAGCAAGAAGAUUCUGAAGAAGAUGGAAGUCAUCUUACAAUUCCAAAAGUUAUAACUGGUUCAUCAAGUUCAGAGACACUAACAGAUAUGGCAGCCAACAGUGCACCAUCUUCACCGAGUAAUUUGAGUUCAGUUACAUUAGUUGGAUCAACUGGAUCUGGCUCAGGAUCAGAUCCAAGCCAUCAAGAUAUUGGCAGUUAUUCAAGAACAGUUUCUGAAGAAACUGAUACUCCAGUUGCCACUGAAUAUGGCUCAAAAGAUGAAGUACAAUUUACAUAUGACGAUCCUUCGCCAUUAUCACCAUCACACAAAGCAAGUCCAAGUCCAAGUCCAAAAACAUUUAGAUCACCGAGAGGUAAACGUUUAGAUUCAGACAAAGAUGACACAGCAUGGAUUGAUGAUGAGACUGCAUCACCAAUUGAACCAUAUUGUGCAAAUCAUCAUCAACAACAUUCAGAACUUCAUCGUGCAUCGAUUGCCUCUGCACCAGCAGCCACAUUAAGAAGUGGCUCAAUAUCAAUUGGGAAUUAUUGGUCUGGUAGACGAUCGAUUCAGGACAGUGAUAUGAGCUCAGGAAGAGCUUCAUGUUGUUUUCAAUAUGACACACCACAAGUAUCAAGCAAAGCUGGUGUUGUCAUAACAAGUUCACGACAAAGUCACAGAAGCAUUGGACCCGCUCAAAUAUGGAGUAGUACAUCAACAGCUGCAGCAGCAUUUGCUAUAGCAACAUCAGCAUCAAGCAAUCCUCCUGAUAAAGCAUUAGGUCGUUGUCAAGAUGGUAACAAUAGAAGUGGCUCUUGUCGUGAUCGUAAUAGACGUAAAGAGCCAGUAUCAACAGCAGCAACAAUGAGAGUACUCAAUGUAUUACGUCAUUGGGUAUCAAAACAUGCACAAGAUUUUGAACUUAAUUUUCAAUUAAAAAAUUUAACAAUUGAAUUUUUGGAUGAUAUUGUUGGUAGUCCAAAUUUAUUACCUGCUGAGCACAAAGCAGCAAGUCAAUUAUUACGAUUAAUCAGCAAAGAAGAACCAGAAAAUAGUAAAAUUGAUUUGGAUAAACUUCUUGCACCUCCAUCGGUUCAAAGUAAAGAAAGUAUAGAAACACUAUCAGCUUUAGAAAUUGCUGAACAAAUUACAUACAUAGAUCAUAAAAUAUUUGUAUCAAUUGCAAGCGAAGAAUUUCUUGGUCAAGCCUGGAUGAAAACUGACAAAGCAACUCGUGCACCUCAUAUUAUUCUUAUGACAAAGAGAUUCAAUGAAGUAUCACAAUUGGUUGUGUCGGAAAUUGUUAGAAGAUCCAACAUGUCAUCCAGAGUUGCAGCUAUUGAAAAAUGGGCUGCUGUUGCUGAUAUUUGUCGUGUGCUUCAUAAUUACAAUGGUGUUCUUGAAAUAUGUGCGGCAUUUACAAAUUCAAGUGUUUACAGAUUAAAAAAAACAUGGGAAAAAGUUUCCAAAACGACAAGGCAAACAAUUGAACGAUUGCAAGGUGUUGUUUCAUCUGAUGGACGUUUUCGUAAUUUGCGAGAUGCUCUUCGUCGUUGUGAUCCACCUUGUAUACCUUACUUGGGUGUUUAUUUAACUGAUCUAUCAUUUAUCGAAGAAGGUACUCCAAAUUUUACAGAAGAUGGUCUACUGAAUUUUUCCAAAAUGAGAAUGAUUGCACAUGUGAUUCGUGAAAUUCGUCAUUUUCAACAGACUCCUUAUAAAAUUGAAUUAAUAACAAAAGUUACAAAUUAUUUACUAGACACAACAUUACUUGUUGAGGAAGAUGACUUGUAUAGAAUGUCAUUAGAAAUUGAGCCAAGAACAUCAAGGCUCAGUACAACAACAUUAAUUGGUCUUCCAUCUACAACUAGUCCAGGAGUUUUUAAAUAAAUAAUAAAAAAGAAAAAGUAAGUAGAGUAAGUAAUUUAUCAUUGAAAAUAUUUUUAAAAAUAUUAUCUGUCAUCUGUCACUAAUGACAUCAAGGUAAUAUUAUUUGUCAUCCUUUUUAAUCUAUAAAAAAAAGAUCUUUCAAGUAAAUUUAACUAAGCUUGUGUUUAUUGAUCAAUUGUAUAAUCUUGAAUAUAUAUAUAUAUAAAAGAAAAAUUAUUAUAAUAAUUAAUAAGACACACUCAAUAAAAUGAUAUAAUUAUUUUCAAUAUAAUACAUUUAAAAAAAAAAAUCAUAGUAUUCGGAUGAUCGGCUAAUUUCGUUUUGAAAAUAAGACAAAAUAAGUGAGACUUAAUUUCAAUUAAUUUCAAAUAUUAUUAAAGCAAAAAAAAACAAGUAAAAAGAUUUAAAAAAAAAAUGUUUUUCGGGGUUUUAUAAAUUGUUGAAAGUUACAGGUAUGAUUUUGCCGUUCAACCCCGUCCAUAUCUGUCCAGUGUUGAGUUAAUAAAUUACAAUCAGCCUGUAACGUACAUUUUUUUAUUUUUUAUUAUUAUUUUUAAUCAAUUGUCUGUGAUUUUCGAACAAAAAAAAAUAUAUAUAUACCUACCUACAUGAAAUUGAAUUAUUAGAAAAAGAAAAAAUGGAAAAAAAAAAAAAAAAGAAAAAA